AUGAAAGUUGAAAAAGUGAGCAAGUGUUCGAAAUGUUGUGAACAAGUAUAUAAAGAUACAUAUUCAUCAAGUUGUCACAAUUGCACAAUUAUGAAUUCUAAAUAUCUAGCCUGCGUUGUAUUUUGUGUCCUCGUAGUGUUUGGAUCGACAAAUG